CAUACAUACGUGUAAGUAGAUGUUCGCCUGUAACAUAUCCAAGGCGAUCAUAAAACCAGCAAUUAAGAAUCCAAGCUGGCAGGAUCCCAACAAUUACAGUAGUAAUUAUCCAGGGUUUCUUUUUGCCAUAUAUAAGAAGUCCAGCCGCACUAAAUUCACAAAACGAAGUUGAGUAAGUUAACGUCACUAUGAAGACCACGGAAAUAAGGAAACCAUACCGGAUGGAGGACUUCUUGCAGCCUCAAUGGUUUCAAAAGUUUUCUCAGAUGGUACACUUUCACUGGCAGAGAAAUCCAGAGGAUGACAGCAUGGUGAACGCCCCCAAUAGGGCUUUUUGGUGGUCGGCAGUCUGCAAUAUCUUGUUCUUUGGCUUCAAUAUUUGGGAUAUCCUUGUGCAUAUGUGCAUGGGCAAACCUUCCAAUCAGAAUCCGCCCGUUUUUAGCAUCACCGUCUACUUCUCCAUCCGAGGACUUAUGCUUUUUCUGAAACGAAAGGAUAUUGUUGAGUUUGUAAAUGACUUGGACCGCGAGUGCCCACGGGAUUUAGCCAGCCAGUUGGACAUGGAGAUGGAUAAGACAUACCAGACCUUUUGGCAGCGCUAUCGAUUUAUCUGGAUCUACUCCCAUGUGGGUGGUCCACUGUUCUGCCUGAUGCCGGUGGCACUUUUCCUUUUGACUCACGAGGGAAAACGAUCACCCGUCGCCCAGCACGAACAACUUCUUGGAGGCUGGAUGCCAUUCGGUGUACGAAAUGAUCCAAAUUUUUAUUUUCUGGUCUGGUUCGUGGACGUGAUGUGCACGACCUGCGGCGUCUCCUUCUUCGUCACCUUCGAUAACCUGUUCAACGUGAUGCAGGGACACCUGAUCAUGCACCUUGGCCAUCUUGCGCGGCAGAUUUCGGAGCUUGAUCCCCGCCAGAGUUUGACCAACGAAGUGCAAUUCUUUGAGGACCUCAGGUUAAUAGUUCGGAGGCAGCAGCUUCUUAAUGGCCUUUGCGGCAGAUACAAUGAAAUUUUUAAGGUGGCUUUCCUCGUAAGCAACUUUUUGGGCGCCGGGUCCCUCUGCUUCUACCUCUUCGUGUUGUCGGAAACGUUGGAUAUAUUAACCAUUGCCCAAUACAUACUGCCCACUUUCGUCUUGGUGGGCUUCACGUUUGAGAUCUGUCUACGCGGCACGCAGCUGGAGGAGGCGUCGGAGGGAUUGGAGUCGGCGCUAAGGUGCCAGGAAUGGUACAUGGGCAGCCGGCGGUACAGAAAGUUCUAUCUGCUCUGGUUGCAAUAUUGCCAGCGCACUCAGAAACUGGGGGCAUUCGGCCUAAUUGAAGUGAAUAUGGUACACUUUACCGAAGUGAGCGAAGUGGAAAUGAGAUCGAUCUGUUUACUAGUACAUUUUAUUUAUUUACAGAUCAUGCAGCUUGCCUAUCGACUCUUCACUUUCCUAAAAUCGCAUUAGAUGCAAAAUCGACAAUAUAAAUAUAUUCAACUUUUUAUAACAAUGGAUUUUAAAGAAAGAAUAUAAAACUUAAAUGCCUUUUAGUUAUUUAGACAGCUUUUUUUUAUUAUUGUAACAAUUUUUUGUUAUAAAAAUUGUAUUCCCGUUAUUCUUUUCUUUGCGGAGGUACGAAAAUGUGUUAUUAAAUAAAAAAUGGUUGUUUCUUAAAUGAAAAACAACUGGUUAAUAACGCUUAGAGCCAAAAAUAUUUUUCAAUAUUUUCUUGGUUUUGAUAGGUAGGGAAAUACCAAAAAUUUUACCAUAAGGCAAAUUAUUUGGGACAAUUUUAUAGAUAAAAUUAUCAAAGUAAAGUAAAUUAUGAACUUAUUUACGCUUAAUCUUUAUAUAAGCGUUUAAAGUUCGAGUGAAAUCAAAUCGAUGGUUCAGAA